CAAAGUAUUCUCAAUUCUAAGACACCUGAUAACAAAAGCCAUAAAAAACAAGCCCAAUAUGGCCAAAACUCUCAAGGCAAUUAGCUUUUUCUUCUUCCUCCUAGCUCUCACCCUUGGAUGUGCCAACUCAGCAAGGAUCCUUGAUGAGGUGGAACCACAGCCUCAAGUCUUGCCCAGCUCACCUGCUGUACCCAAUCCUGUCCCUACAACUGUCCCUGACGAAGAAGAUCCGGAGUCAAAUCCCACCACCACUUUGCCAAGUGGACAAAUCCCGGCCACCCCCCCUGCCAUACCUGCCAAUGAUGACACCAUCAUCGGUGAUGCCGAUGCACCGGUCCCAGAUACCGACAUACCCGAUGAUGCCACGGAAGCACCCGUCUCCAACGUGGCACCACCGGAAGCUUCUCCUGCCACCGUGGCACCUAUAGCCGGUCCCACCACCACAUCACCAGCUGUUCCCACCCCUGCUGGAUCAACUAGUUCCACGGUGGCUGCUCAACCUGCAGGAACAGAGCACCACCCUGUUUUGUCCUUCUUCAUGCAUGACAUUAUCGGAGGAACACACCCAUCGGUGAGAGUGGUCACCGGAAUCGUAGCCAAUGCCGUGACCAAUGCUCCAUUCUCGAAACCCAACAACAACUUCCUCCCUGUCAGCGGUGGAACCCCAUUACCCACCUCCACUGUCAAUGGCUUUAUCAACAACAACAGGGACAACCUUCCCUUCCUUGCAGGCCUCAACAAUGGAGCAGGGUUCAGCACCACGCAAUCCGGUACAUUAAUCCAGAACAGCAGGGACAACAACAUCGUAAAUGGCGGCACCAGCCAGCCUUUCGUUACCGCCGGCCAGCUUCCGGCCGGUUCCACCCUCCAGAAGCUCAUGUUUGGGUCAGUGACCGUGAUCGACGAUGAGUUAACCGAAAGCCAUGAGCUUGGAUCCACUGUGAUUGGAAAGGCACAAGGAUUCUACUUGGCAAGCUCUUUGGAUGGGAACAGCCAUACAAUGGUUGUGACAGUGCUGUUGCAUGGUGGUGAUCAUGAUCAUCAUGAGGUGGAGGAUACCAUAAGCUUCUUUGGGGUUCAUCGGACGGCAGCACCGCAGUCGCAGAUUGCGGUGAUUGGUGGGACAGGGAAGUAUGAGAAUGCUAAAGGGUAUGCAGUAAUUGAGUCAAUUCUUCAGGAGGACCAGCACACAACGGACGGCGUUGAUACCAUCAUGCAUACCAGUGUUUAUCUCUCUGAGUAAAAAUAUAUUAAGUGUGGAGUUGAUUUAGCAGUUUGUGUUUUGUAAUAUGAUAGGGCUUGACAGUGUCAA